GGAAGGGGCUGCGGCGCCGGGCGCCGACCGAGUCGGGGGCGGGGCCAGGCGCGCGUGUGCGGGGCGCGCGGGUGACAGGUGUGGGGACGGCCGAGCGGACCCUGGGUGGCAGCAGAGGCGGCGGCCUGAAGCCUGAGGGAGGGAGAUACGGCGGCGGCGAUGCUGGAGACACUGCGCGAGCGGCUGCUGAGCGUGCAGCAGGAUUUCACCUCCGGGUAUGAAGAUACAUGGGCUGCACUUCACAGAAGAGCCAAGGAAUGCGCAAGUGCUGGAGAGCUGGUGGACAGUGAGGUGGUUAUGCUCUCCGCACACUGGGAGAAAAAGAAGACGAGCCUCAUCGAGUUACAGGAGCAGCUACAGCAGCUUCCAGGUCUAAUAGCAGAUUUAGAAUCCAUGGCAGCAAAUCUGACUCAUUUAGAGGCUAGCUUUGAGGAAGUAGAAGACCACCUGCUGAAUCUGGAGAAUUUAUGUGGACAGUGUGAAUUAGAAAGAUACAAACAUAUGCAGUCCCAACAAUUGGAAAAUUACAAGAAAAAGAAGAGGAAGGAACUUGAAACCUUCAAAGCUGAACUCGAUGCAGAGCACACCCAGAAGGUCCUGGAAAUGGAGCACACCCAGCAGACGAAGCUGAAGGAGCGGCAGAAGUUUUUUGAGGAGGCGUUCCAGCAGGACAUGGAACAGUACCUGUCCACGGGCUACCUGCAGAUAGCGGAGAGGCGAGAGCCCAUGGGGAGCAUGUCGUCCAUGGAGGUGAACAUCGACAUGCUGGAGCAGAUGGACCUCAUGGACGUGUCUGACCAGGAGGCCCUGGACGUCUUUUUGAACUCCGGCAGCGAAGACACCGCCGUGCCGUCUCCGGCCGCAGGGCCCGAAGCGGGCGGCGGGCCGGACGAAGUCACCCUCCAGGUUCCCAGGCCCUCCGCGUCGCGAGCCGAGCCGCCGUCCUCGCCGUCCGCGCAGGCCCCCGGCGACGGCGGAGAGUCCCCCGUCGUCCAGUCCGACGAGGAGGGAGUGGAGGUGGACACGGCCCUCGCCACCCUGCACACCGACGACAGUGACUCGUAGGUGUGCGCGCCCCGCCCUGGAGGCAGGUGCCGUCCCCGAGGCUCCUGGUCGUGACGCAGUUGCCGCCGGCGCGAGGCCCUGACUGUACGAACCGCUGACAAUAAAGCUUGCGGACUUCA